CACACCCACCACACCCCUAAUAGUCACGCCCUCCACAUCACUAAACACCACGCCCACCUCACCAACCCCACUACUCACAGCCACGCCCACCACAGUUCCCACAACCAACCAUACUGCAGAGACAGUUAUGACCACCACACCUUCCCCCUCCACAAUGCUUAUAGCCACACCCACUGUGGCAUCUUCCACCAACCAAACACCUACUGCUUCAGCCACGCCUACAGCCAAAGUGCCCGCUGCCUCCAGCAGCAGCCUCAGUACCACACCUGCAGCGUCCAGUGUCACUCCUGUCUCUGGGACCACAACCUACAGUAACUCAACACGCGACAAAACAGAACCCCGGGUGGUGCAGUGCAGUUUUGCAGAGUUCUGCGCUAUCAGGACUGCCUACUACUGGCUGUUCAUCGGUGUGGAGGUGACUGGGGACAGGCAGAGUGAAGCUGAUAUAAGCAGCUGGCUCUCCCAUCUCUUUGACAUUUCCACCUGUGUGCCCUCCAACCACUCAACCACCGUAACCAUGGACACCACCGUCACCAUGGAUACCACCACCACAGCAGGCCCAACACACACAUCUGCAGACACAACAACCAGUUCAUCAGGAAGAACUGAGGGGAGAUGCACUGGAGAUUCGGAGACAGAAGUCAGUCUCCUGCAGGGAAUUGAGGUAACCUGUGACACCAAGGAGGAAAUCAGGGAGACGAACUGCACUGUGCUGCUGCAGCUGAUCCGGCCCACAGACACCUGCGUGCUGAGCCAGGCUCUCCAGGGCAGCCCAAAUGCCCCCCUCCGGGCCCGGCUGCUGGGGACCGUGGAGAGAGUGGGUGCCGGACUAUGUCUAAAUGAGGACACACUGCCCCCUGAUGGUGGUUUUGUGAGAUGCUCCUCCCCCAGCGCACUCUCUGAAGUCUGCUCAUCUGAAGAUCCAGUCACUGUCUCAUGCACCUACAUGGAAACAGCAUAUGUUCCCAUGGAAACGUACCAGCCCAUGAGCCAAGUCUGCAACCGCCCAGAGCAGCAGUACUGCGAAUGCUCAGCUUUCUGCAGUGACACAGCUGCGUACUACUCCCUGGCCGUGAACAUUCUCAGUCCCACCGUCACCACGGCAGACCUCAGCAGCAUGAUAUCCCAGCUGACCUCAGCCACAUCCUGCAGCAACUCUGUCAUCCCAGAGUCUCUGUGUCCAUCCAUAUCCAUACUGCUGGAACUCUACCAGGGAUCUCAUCUGGAAUGCCAUGGAACUGACAGCCGUCUCCACAGCUGCAUGCUGCUGGUGCAGCUGGCCCAGCCGAUGGACAUGUGUCUGCUCAGCGCGGUUUUCACAUCCCUGCUGCAGCACAGAGACGACAUCGUCUCGGACGGGCUCGUCACACGUGCAGCGAUAUGUGGCUGGCCUGCAGGACCCGCUGCUGAUCUGCUGAACUCCAGCUUUACCUGGGUCUCUGUGGACCUCACUGCCUCCCAGAUCUGUGAGACUUCCAGUCCCUUUGUGUUCACCUGCAAGCAGGAUGAAACUCUGGGUGUGCUGCUGAAUGAGAGCUGCACACACCCUCCCCCUCCCCUGACCACGCCCACCACCACACCCACUCCGUCUCCGACUUCCUCCCACAGUUUCUCCGCACCCUUCACCGCAGCCAGCCAGGCCACCCCGUUGGCUACAGCCAGCACAGCCACAGCCAAUAGCACUGUCCCCACCGCCCACACAAACACAAUCUCAUCUCACAAUGCCACUGCCCAACAGAGCACAGUGGCUCUUCCACUGAACACCACCAGAGAAGUGAACACCACCAGGCAACUCAAUACAACCUCUGCUCUGCUUAACACCACCAGAGAUCUGAAUAUAACAUCUGCUCCACUGAAUACCACCACACAAUUCAAUACAACAUCUCCUCCACUGAACACCACCAUACAACACAGUACAACAUCUCCUCCACUGAACACCACCAUACAACACAGUACAACAUCUCCUCCACUGAACACCACCAUACAACACAAUACAACAUCUCCUCCACUGAACACCACCAUACAACACAGUACAACAUCUCCUCCACUGAACACCACCAGGCAACUCAAUACAGCUCUUCCAGCCAACACAACAGCUUCAUAUAAUACAACAACGUUUCCACCAAACACAACACAACCUAACACAACAGCUCUUCCAGUCAAUGUCACAGUGCCAUAUAGCGUAACUCUCUCACGAAAUACUACACAAUACAACACAACAGCUCUCCUGCCCGUUACUACAGUAAAACAAAACACAACAGCUAUUCCAGUUAAUAUCACAACCACAUAUAACACAACUCUUCCUCCAAACACAACACAGUAUAACGCAACAGCUUCAUAUAAUACAACAACGUUUCCACCAAACACAACACAGUAUAACACAACAGGUUUUCUGGUAGACACUGCAACACAGUACAAUAUAACAGGUCCUCCACCAAACAUAACAAGAUCAUUGAACAUGACCACCAUUCCACCAAAUAUCAUGCAACAACAAAAUACAACAUUUUUGCCACUAAUCAUAACAACAUAUAAUACAACAACUGCUCCAUUAAACACAACAAUGACACUGAACAUCACAAAACCAUAUACUACAACAACUCUUCCACCAAACAUAACAGAAAAUAAUACAACAGCGAUUCCACUGAACACAGCAGCACAGUAUAACACAACCAGCCUUUUACUCAACACCACACAAAGUAACACAACAGUACUGCCACUGAACACAGCACAAUACAAUACAACGGCUCUUCUGAAUGCUGCGAUUGUGCAAAACGCAACAGCUCGUCCACUUAACCUUACAACUCUCCCACCCAACACAACACAACAUAACACAACUAUUCCACUUAAUAUCACAACCUCAUUUAAUACAACUUCUCAACCAAACAUAACACAAUAUAACACAACAUCUCUUCCAGUUAAUAUCACAGCACCGUAUAACACAACUGUCCCACCAAACACAACACUAUAUAACACAACAGCUAUUCCAGUUAAUAUCACAACGCCAUAUAACACAACUCUCCCACCAAACACAACAGCUAUUCCAGUUAAUGUCACAACGCCACAUAACACAACUCUCCCACCAUACACAACAGCUAUUCCAGUUAAUUUCACAACCUCAUACAACACAACUCUCCCACCAAACACAACAGCUGUUCCUGUUAAUAUCACAAUGUCAUAUAAUACAACUCCUCAACCAAACAUAACACUAUAUAUCACAACAGCUAUUCCAGUUAAUUUCACAACCUCAUACAACACAACUCUCCCACCAAACACAACAGCUAUUCCAGUUAAUGUCACAACGCCAUAUAACACAACUCUCCCACCAAACACAACACUAUAUAACACAACAGCUGUUCCAGUUAAUGUCACAAUAAUGCCAUUGAAUAAAACCAUUCUCCCACUGAAUAUCACAACACAACCUAAUGCAACAGCUUUGGCAACUACCACAAUGCAGCCUAACACAACAGCUCUGGCAGGCACAACAACACGAGUUAAUACCACAAGCCUUCCAGUAGACAUCACAAUGCAACCUAAUGUAACAGCUCGUCUACUGAACACUACAAAGUACAAUGUAACAACUCCUAUGCAGCAGACAGCAACACGACAGAGUGAGGUCCAGCCGAAUGUAACACAAAGACACACCACAACACCUUUAGCCAACAUUACACAGAUCUCAACCACACAGUCUGCCAACACUACAGCCUCCAGCACAGGUGCAGCUGAGCCACUCCCAGUCGGCCCAACACGAGGGCCAGCAACCACCAAUAGCACAACCACCACCACCAUCACAACCACAAACUCCACCGUCCCCGCGGUCAUUCCCCCGGUCAACCCCACCGACACCCCUCCGGCGAACUCCACUACAGCAGCUACUGCCUCCACGACUGCCACCACAGUAACCAUGACAACGGAGAGCACAGAGACUCAGGCAGACCGGCUGCUGAACCUGACGAAGGAUGUGUCCGCUCUCAACUCCUCCCAGGUGGACCAGCUGGUGUCCCAGCUGGAGGACCUGCUGUCUGGGCCCAAUGUCAGCCUGGCCCUGGGCCGCAGGCUGGUCACCAUCAUCAGCAAUCUGCUCAAUGCCUCCGCUGACACCCUGGCAUCCUCCUCCACCAGGAUAAUCAGGGCGGUGGAAACGUUGGGGCUGAAGCUGGAGGUGCAGGGGGAGACAGAGACCAUCACGGCUACAUCGCUCGCUCUGGCCGUGAGGAAGGUGGAUGGCACCAGCUUCAAGGAGACGUCUUUCUCCAUCGCAGACCCUUCCGAUCUGCAGGUCAGUGUCAGAGGUGAGCGCGGCGCUCACAGGAGUGUGAGGGCUACUGGACCCAACUCCACCCUGGGCUCCAUCACACUGCCUGCCUCCCUGACUGACGGCCUGACUCCAGAGGAGCAGCUGCAGGCCUCCAGGGUCCAUUUCAACUUCUACAAGAAGAGCACCGUCUUCCAGGAUCGAGCCCUCGGCCAGCGGAGGCUGAACAGUGACAUUCUGGGUACAAGUGUGACCAACCUGUCAAUCAGCGACCUGACAGAAAAUGUGGUUUUCACUCUGCAAAACAAAAAUGUCCCGGGGAACUUCACUGUCUCUUGUGUGUUCUGGGACUUCAGCCUCAAUGAUGGAUCAGGAGGCUGGAACCCUGACGGCUGCUCUGUUCAGAACACGACAGAGGAGGAGACCGUCUGCAGCUGUAACCAUCUCACCAGCUUCGCUGUGCUUUUGGAUAUUUCCAGACAGGGCAUAACAGACCGACUGCAGGCCACCAUCCUGACCUUCAUCACCUACAUCGGCUGUGGGAUCUCCGCCAUCUUCCUCUCUGUCACUCUGCUCACCUACAUCGCCUUUGAGAAGCUGCGGAGGGACAUCCCCUCCAAGAUCCUGAUCCAGCUGUGCACGGCACUGCUGCUGCUCAACCUGGUCUUCCUGCUGGACUCGUGGCUGGCGCUGUACCCGAGCGCCGUGGGCCUCUGCAUCUCCACCGCCUUCUUCCUGCACUACUUCCUGCUCGUCUCCUUCACCUGGAUGGGCCUGGAGGCCUUCCACAUGUACCUGGCCAUCGUCAAGGUCUUCAACACGUACAUGUCGAGAUACAUGCUCAAGUUCUCCCUCUUCGGCUGGGGUGUUCCUCUCAUUGUGGUCAUCAUUGUGAUCGCGAUCAGCAAAGACAACUACGGCCUUAUUUCCUACGGAAGGUUCAGCGACGGCACCACGGAUGAUUUCUGCUGGCUGAAGAAUGACAUUGCCUUCUACGUGGCGGUGGUGGCCUACUUCUGCCUGGUCUUCGUGGUGAACCUGGCCAUGUUCGUGGUGGUGAUGGUGCAGCUUUACCGGAUCAAGCGGCAGAACCCCCAUAACACCCAGCACCGCAACGGGCUACAGGAUCUGCGCAGUGUGGUCGGACUCACAGUCCUCCUGGGCCUGACCUGGGGCUUCGCCUUCUUCGCCUGGGGACCCGUCAACCUGGCAUUCAUGUACCUGUUUGCCAUCUUCAACUCUCUGCAGGGGUUCUUCAUCUUCGUGUUCCACUGCGCCAUCAAGGAGAACGUUCGCAAACAGUGGAGGACCUACCUGUGCUGCGGGAAGCUGCGGCUGGCGGAAAACACAGAAUGGAGCCGCACUGCCACCCAGAACAACACGAAGAAGCACUCAGUGAUCACUGCAGCCUCCUUUCACUCCUCCAGCUCCAUGCUGUCCAACAACACCUCCAGCACCUCCUUCCUGGCCAGCGAGAGCAUAGAGCAGCCCAGCGUGGGUGGUCCUCAUGAGAACACCAUGAUCACAUCACUGGAGGAAGUGAAUGGGGAUGUGGUCUUCAAUGAGAUCAACAGCAGGCACCGGACUCAGAGACUGCAGUGAAUUCUGGGAGAAGAUGUGGUCUUCUGUUUGUCCUUUAGCCCACAGUGUUGGGUUUGGGGGGUCUA